ACAUACACACACACACGCACACACACAGACACCCACACACACACACACACACACACACACACAGACACACAUGCAUUGACAGACCCCCCUCUCACACAGGAGUAGAUAGAGAGCGGUGAAGAGCAGAAGGAGCUGGGUGGCAGGAGAGAUGCAGGAGGGCUGUUGGUGAUUGAACAAAGCCAGGAAAGGAGUGCGCUGUCCUGGGGAGAAGAGCAGCUGUGAAAUGCCUCGAAGGGAGCCUGCUAACAACUCCUGCAGAGAACUGAAGGUGUUGAGCUUCAGCUGAGGAUGGCAGGAGAUUCUCGAGUCCUCAUGGACCACAACAUGGAGAUAGGAGUCACACCUGCACAGGUAAAGAAGCUUCCUAAACACUUGCGGGAGCCCCAGAUCUCAACAGAGCGAACCCACUUGAUUUCUGACCCGGUGAAGAAGCCACGUCAGCGAUAUGUGCAGAAAGACGGAAAGUGCAACGUUCAUCACGGAAACGUGCAAGAGACCUACCGAUACCUCAGUGACUUGUUCACUACGCUGGUGGACCUACGCUGGCGUCUUAGUCUCUUCAUUUUCACCUUGGUCUAUAUAGUCAACUGGCUUUUCUUCGGCUUUCUGUGGUGGCUGAUAGCGCUCAUCCGUGGGGAUCUGGUGCAUGCUGAUGAGGAGGGCUGGACCCCCUGUGUGGAGAACCUCAACAGUUUUGUCUCAGCUUUCCUCUUCUCCAUUGAAACAGAGACCACCAUUGGGUAUGGUUAUCGUGUAAUCACAGAAAAAUGCCCUGAGGGUAUCAUACUGCUUUUGGUGCAGGCUAUCUUGGGUUCCAUUGUUAACGCCAUGAUGGUGGGCUGCAUGUUUGUCAAGAUCUCACAGCCAAAGAACCGCGCCGAGACCCUCAUGUUCUCGCAAAAUGCUGUCAUAUCGGUGCGAGACAACAAGAUGUGCCUGAUGUUUCGGGUGGGGGACCUGAGGAACUCUCACAUUGUUGAAGCAUCGAUCAGAGCGAAGCUGAUCCGCUCGCAGCAGACCAAGGAGGGGGAGUUCAUCCCGCUCAACCAGACUGAUAUCAACAUCGGCUUUGACACGGGAGACGACCGGCUGUUCCUGGUGUCACCGCUUAUCAUCUCUCACGAGAUCAACCACAAGAGCCCCUUCUGGGAGAUGACAAUGGCACAAAUCGAGAAGGAAGAGUUCGAGAUCGUGGUUAUCCUUGAGGGCAUGGUGGAGGCCACAGGGAUGACAUGUCAGGCUCGAAGUUCCUACCUGGACACAGAGGUGCUUUGGGGCUACCGCUUUACACCGGUUCUCUCCCUAGAGAAAGGCUUCUAUGAGGUGGACUACAACAACUUCCACGAUGUCUAUGAAACCAACACCCCCACCUGCAGUGCCAAGGAGCUAGCUGCUAAGCUUCGGGAGGGGCCGCUAUUGCCUCAGCUUUCACUCCGCAGCCCUGAGCCCAAAAUGCAUACUUUUGACCCCCUAAACCGCAUGUCACAACAGGACCCACUCAGCCCGGAUGAGGACAAGGAGGAAAGAGAUUUAGGGGGUGACAGAGGAGAGACCAAUGGCUCAGCUGCUGCUUUGGAGGAUCCGCCGCUUGCUGAUGGACUGCCUGGCUGAUGGGACUGACGGCCACAUCAGCUAAAAUCCCAGGAAAGAGACUGGAGAGGAGACAGGACAAUAAUGCUUCAUUUAGUCAAUGGCCAGCUUGUUCCUUUGCAUUGCUUGGAGAUACAAGACAUGGGUCUCCAGCCCCCGAUUCAUGCAAGACUCCUCCACUAGAGUGUCAAUUUAUAGCAUUGAUUGGUUUUGUAGACACGUAAGUAACAUAAACAGACACACAUACAGUAUCUAUUUCUCCACAUAUAAAGGUUGGUGGCUCAGAUUUUCUUUUUAUAACCGUAACGACCACUUACUGCUGUAACAGCUCAAGUUGUAUAAUGUUGACUUGAGCUGAAUCUGGUAGCCAUAACAGUGUACUCAGAGCUUCUGAGUGAUAAUGAAACCUUGUCAUUGAUUUUUAAAAGUUGUGGGGGAUUAUUAUUUCCUUUUUCUGUCAGGUUUGUUAUUAUUCUGUGUCAGAAACUCAAUUCACCCAGGAGGAAAUGUAUAAGGCUUCUAGUUUGCAUAGGCAAGAGAAGACGCAGGGAAUUGUUCUAUAAAAGGCACCGUGUACCACUAUCUAAAUUUGUUUUCUUACAGUAGUUCACAACUUCCUCAUGGUUGCACAUGGUUGUCAUAUAUAUUUUCAGUGUUUGUCUGAUUGUCUCCCUAACAUACUGGGAGCCUUGACCCAAAAGAAACCAGCUAGUACCUAAUUUGACACUCAUUUUCAGGGUUUGAAAUUAACAAUAAGAACCAGGCAAAUGCUGGUAAAGAGCUGUAUAUGCUACUAACUGAUUAGUUUGAAAACCACUCAACCUUUUAAAGAUUUUAUUUCCCUUCCCACUGCAGCAACUAAAACAUUAAUUCCAAGCCCCUUUCUUGGUACCUAAAGCACAAUUUCCCAUGAGGUGACUGCACACUGACCUGACCCCUCUGCUACUGGCUGAUGCAUGUCAGUCCUAGGCAAAAUAAAAGUGACAUAUAAAUUAUUGACAUUUAUAACAUUUGAAUCUACAUUUGAAUGUAGAUUCAAAUAUUUACAUGAUACAUCAAUGCUAAACUGCUAUUUGAAAUGCUCUUGAUUUUAUACACCACACAUGAAAAUUUCAAAUGUUCCACAAGCAAAAUGAAAUAAUCAGUGGUCUCUUUUAUGUUUGUUUUGUUUUUGUUUUAAAUAUUUACAAGAUACACAACCCCAGCGUUUUUCAGCUACAUCAAAGUCAAGUCUACCAAAGAUAGGAGCAAGUUUAAUCUGACUAUAAUCUAUGCGCAUUACCUGCAGUAUUUGCCUUCUUUGUAAUUAUUUCCUCUGAAGUUUUUACCUUUAGCGUUCACCUCAUGAAUGGAAGUUUUCUUUGUCCACACACUCUAAUUCAAUCUGCACAUUGGCUUUGGUUCCACAAACCGCCCCUGAGUCUUUUGCUUGAUAUAGUUUAUAGCCUUUGUGAUGCUGUUUAGGAAGCCAACACAUGUCCCGUGAGGGUCAUAGCCUACAGUAUUCUUUGACUUUUCUUUAAAAAGAGACAUGUCAGAGCUUGCAGGCAUGAAUCAACCCCUAUGCAUCCCAUUUCUGAGUUUGUUUAAUACAGUAAGAAAUACAGGGUAUUUUCUAGGCAUGCAAAUUAGGAGAUUUCUACAAUAUAUUAUCAGAUAGCGUAUCAAUAUUCAAUUAUCAUUUGUUAAAAGAAAAAAUCCUGAUAGUUUAAAAUCUUCAGCUUCCCAAUUCAAUGUUAAAUCGCUUUGUUUUUUACAGAUGCUUCUCCAGUCAAUGUGUUAUUUUCACUGUGACAUUUUAGCAUCUUACUAUGUAUUCCAUUUGCUAAAUGAUCAAUUGUCAUUAGCGAGAGAUCGUCUUUCAUUGCAGGAAUAUCAUCUGUUGUCUUUGUGUUCUCAUGGGAAUAAACAUAAUAUGGCCAAAAGAA